CUGGGGGGUAGAGUGAUGUGACGGAGCUGCUGUUUGCUGAUGUGUGUUGCAUGAAUUAAUACUGCUCCUCAAACACCAUCCAAGGGCUGAAUGGAGAAUGUAGGUGUCCUUUUAGGCUGCUGUGGGCAGCCCACCCUCAUGGUCUGUUUUCUAAUAGUGGUGGGUCAAGGCAGGUUUUGCCCCAUGGUCAGGCAUGAGGCAGAAGGCUGGUGAGGAUGGUGUCCAUCAUCAUCUGUCCAUUGCCACUGAUGGAUGCACAGGACAGAGCUUUCCAGAAUAGCUGUAGGAAACUUUAGAGCAAACAAGAAAAGGAGAGACAAACUCCUGUAAGAAUGAAUUUGGUCUGUUAGGUUUUGAGAUGUUUUGAUUUUUGUAAUGCUGCCCCAUCAUCUCAGAUGAAAGCCAUCUCCAGCCAACUGUUCCCACAUCCGCUGUCCCCACAUUGCUCUGUCUCUGCUGCUCUCACUUGCACAUGGAUGGUCUCUGGCUGUGGGACAGCUGCCUUGUCUCACAGCUGUUGGAGCACUCGCAACAAAACUGAGUGGGAGCUAUGAACUGCAAGAUCCGAAAUAAAGCAGUGACCCUCUCAACAAGAGGAAAUCUGAUCUCUUCAGACAACAACCGUGGAGGUUUUCACUUUCCCAAGAAGGAUCUGGGCUGGUUGCUGAUUUGUCUCCCUUCGUGGAGCAAGUUCUGUUGACUUGGGCAAAGAAAGGGCCUUUUGGGUGCCAAAGCCUCUGGGCUCUUCCCCCAGUUAAGAAUCCCUCCAGCAGUACUGCUCCUCCCAAGAGGCGCCCUGGGGAAGCAGGAGCAAACUCUUACGUCCCCUCUGCAUCUGUCCCAGAGAUAUAAGGACAAGAUAUUUCAUGUGAAGGCUGUAGCAAGUCCAAUGGGCUUUCUGUCUUCUCAAGAGCUGCUGAAAGGAGAAGAACGAACAAACAAAAACCAAACAUCCAGGUUAUACUAAGAAGCCCUGAGGCUCUUCCUGUAGUUGCUGCUUCCCAGAGAAAGGAAUUGGAUCUCCGCUGUGGUUCGUGAUUUCUCUCUGCACCUCAGCUGUAGUGAUGUCCCACCUCCGAUGCCUUUUGCUCUUGGAUGACACCUAAUGAGAUGGAUGGCUGGAUUCUGAGCGCCCCAAUGGAGAUGGCAGCACAGACACAGUAAUGCUGCAUGACAGAACUGCACACACAUGGGUCUCCCCUGUGUCUCAAGGCGAUGUGGUGAUGUGCUGCAUUUCCUACCCGUGUUUCUUCCAGAACUGCCAGAUGUGAUCCCUGCUCACGGCAUCAGGGAGAUAACCCAGGGCUGGGUCAGCUGACCCUGCUGGGAUCACGGAGGUCUGUCAGUGCCCAGCAGCCCAAUGGGCUCUGCCUGCAUCCUAUGGCUGUGCCUCCUGCUGCUGGCCCUGCCCACUCUACAUGCAGGUAUUGCUGUGCCCAGAGCUAACCUUGUUGAGGGGGCAGAUGGCUCUCCCAUCGUCAAAACCAUUGUGACAGUCUACUACUGUAAAGACUGUGGGGAAGAAAGAUGCAAACCAUUCGAUUACACAGACUUUGAAAUAAUUGGCAAAACAGAAGAUGAGAUAUUUUCAAAUGAAAAAAUUCAGCUGGUGAUCAACAAAACACACAUUACUAUGUGUUUUCAGCAAGAAAACAUGUCUCAUGAUGGAGCUUAUGUCAUUUUCUGGGAGAAGGAUGAGGGAUUAGGAGAACCGUGUGGCAUCCUGAAGUCUGGAGAUUCCCUUGAAGAUAGGAGACACAGCAUGACAGAGGAGGGAAAAAUCUGCUGUGAAACACAGACAGAUCAUGUAAACCCUCAGAAUGUCCUGAAGUGCUACACUGGAGCGACAGAUGAGAACACAGGUAAUCAUCAAUAUUCAGUCGGUGAAAAUAACCAAGCUGGCCUCACUGUCACGUUCCUGAUUCUGGGCAUUUGUGCAGGAGGAGCACUGCUGUCCACAUAUUAUUGCAAGAGGCGGUUCCAGAGACGUCAAGGACAUAUCAUAGUGCUCCAGCAGACUCCUCCAGCUAUUUUUCCUUCAAUUCUCGCCUGCUAGAUUAAUCAAACAAGUUUCUGAAAGCAAAAACCUCAUAGUUACCUGAAACACCAUCUACAAAAGAGAAAAUGCCAGCCGUGCACCCCUCAGCAAUGAAGCACAGCCACCAACUGAAGAAACACUUUCAGACAAGAUCUUAUAGUAACGUUCACAAAUGUGCCUUCACCGCUCUCAAGCAUUCCCUGAGGACUGAGAUUGCCCAAGAUGUUCAGCUCCAGGCCUUCACCAGCAAUGCCAGAAACUUUCUGGAGCUCCUGUCUUCCCCUGGUGCUUGGCUGAGGGCCACCAUCAUCGCAAGGAUGAGUAGCUGGCCCAGCAGCACAGGCCUCGACCAGCUGACUCCUCUCAAUGGAUGCUCUGACAGUUUCAACGAUGCAAAUCAAAGUUGUUUGGAAAACUGCAUCUGUGCUCAGGCGAAAUAUGUGUUGAACUCUGUGACAGCUGUUCUUCUCUAUGUGUUCUCCAUGUCAAAAUGCAACAGCAUGGCUGUGGCUCUUCAUCCUUCAGCUCCCAAGUGGUCUCUGCAUUUACAUAGGAAAGCAUUUAGUGAGGUGACUGAUUUGGUUAGGGAGAGAGGCCUGAUCUUCAAAGCAGAUGUCCGAAACUGAAAUUGAAAAGUUAAUGGUGAAUGACAGCAAAAGAUAUGUUAAAAAUUAACUUCAGAAAUACAGAAAAGUGUCUGUUUUUCUAUUUCACUCUUGUAUUAGAUGCAAGAGACUAGUGCUUCACACAACCCCAGCCAUAGCAGUGGGGGUUUACGCUCCUGCUGACCAAAAAUAAUCUUAACUCAGCUCUCUAUUGAGAUCUUCUAAUAUGGAGAGAUUUAUUUUUCCCAUAUAUAUCUUCAUGUUCUUAGGUGCAGUGUUCAAAUUGAUGGUUGAUGCUUCUUUUUUUUUUUCUUUUUCUUUUUCUUUUUCUUUUUUUGCAGGCUGUCUUUUUUUUUAUAUUCCCUCAGGUUCUGAGUUCUUUGGGAAAGGGACAACAAAAUAUUUGAGAACUUACAUUGUAUUAACUUGAAGGAUUCAGAUUUAAUAGCGAGCAGAUUUAAUUUCUAAUCUUCAACACCAGUUGGAGCCAGAGAGAUGGUCAAGUUUUUAGAAUGAAGAUUACCAGCAUGAUUCUGCCCAGUGACAGCUGUUCAGCUGUCAGUCACAAGAUGCAGUCCCAAGCUGGUCCUUGUGGCUCAUCCAGACACCUUUCUUUGCAUUUUUUCUGCCUUUCUGCUGCUAUUGUGCAGCAGAGAUGUUUGAGAGGUGUCACUACCAGGUGUUCUACUUUGUGGCUCCUGGGCUCUGUUUUCCUGGUAACACCAAUUAUCCAAUGUCUUAGGGAAAAAUUACUUCAAUGAUUUAUACUCUUUGCUCAGAGCAAAUGAUUUAUGCUGCUUUAUGUGAGCUUUUACAAAUAAAUAUAUGCAUGCAAAUACACAUUUCUUAAAUAAAGAUUGAAUGAAAACACCAGG